CAGUGGUGAGGUGGUAGACAGUGUAAACUCGUUUGAUUGCCGCAUAUGAAAAAUACGAUGAAAGUCCGCCACGAGCUGGUAAUUUGCGGUAAAAGUGUUUCAUAAAAGGGUGACAAAAAACUAUCAAAAAUCAUGAAGAAAAAUGGGGUAACGACGAGAGUUUCGCCUGCGUUUGUGAAAUGGAGUGACGAAACUGAAAAUAAUAUUAACGCGGUGGAAAGUUGCAAGGGACGAAAGAAAUCUCACUCAGAGGAAGGAGAAAAUUCAGGAACUCGUACUUCUUUGAAAGCGAUAAAUACAAGAACUCACGAUUGUGACAGAACUACUUCUGAAUCGAAGAUCAGUACGUCAAAUGUUAAAGUUGCCUUUGCUAAAGACAGCAGCUCUUACAACAACGCACAGUCGAGUAAAAUGCGGCUUAUUUUCGCAUCAAUCGGCAAAUUGAUGUGUUUGCCUGCUUGUUUCAGAGUACAGUUUUCAUCUCACCAACUGGAAGAGAUUUACCAACGCUACUACUGCCGACACAAACUGGACAGGAUUUUGUAUAUAAUUUUACUGGAUUUUGUGGUCAAUCUAUGUUUAAUCACAAUGUAUUCCGUGGUUUUUAGCAAAUCGAACCCGACACAAGUGAAUCGAAUCAUAAUGACAUCUACCUUCUGCGCGCUAAACCUCUCGUUUAUCAUCCUGUAUUUUUUGAAGCUUUUUCCCGCUCGAGUUUUUAAAUUCCUGCCUUAUAUUGUAUGGUUUACAGUGUUCUUCCAGCUGCAAGUGGACUUGGCAAUCGGUUACGAUCCUCUAGUGCCAAGUGAUUCCGUUGGGAUGUUCCUGUUUUUUAUGUUUAUCACAAACGUUAUGUUACCCGCCAGUUUGCCACUGUGUGCUGCCAUGUCGCUCCUAGCCGCUGUUGGACAUAUAGUUAUCACUAGCAGUUUUGCUACACAGAAUAAAGAGUAUUUUGGAAGGCAGCUGGGGGCAAACAUUCUUCUGUUCGUCUGCAGCAAUAUUAUUGGUGCUAUAGAUUCUUAUAUCGCUGACAGAAGACAAAGAAGAUCUGUUCUGGAAACUAGGCAAUCAUUAGAGGUGAAAAUCGCCUUGGAAUCGGAAAAUCGACAACAGAGACGAUUACUUCACUCAGUCCUUCCCAAACACGUAGCCACAGAAAUGGUUAAUGACUUAGAAAAUGAUGGAACAUUUUUGAAAGACGGAGCUUUUAACAAACUCUUUAUCAGACGACAUCAGGAGUGCAGCAUCCUGUUUGCUGACAUUGUUGGGUUCACGGAACUCUCCUCUAAGUGCACAGCGGAGGAGUUAAUUAUCACACUGAACGAGUUGUUUGCUAACUUUGACAAGAUUGGGACAAAAAACAGCUGUCAAAGAAUCAAAAUUCUGGGAGAUUGUUACUAUUGCAUCGCAGGCCUGGAUGACAACAAAGCGCAUGCGCAAUGUGCUGUUGAAAUGGGACGUGACAUGAUAAGCCACAUAGCCAAGGUCAGGCGACAAACCGGCGUGAAAACUUUAGAUAUGCGCGUUGGAGUCCAUACAGGAUCUGUGCUCGCCGGAGUCCUGGGGAAGAUUAAGUGGCAGUUUGAUGCUUGGUCAAAUGACGUCACACUUGCUAACAGCAUGGAAUCCGGUGGAAUACCAGGUCGUGUUCACAUAUCAGAGCCCACAUACAACUGCGUUAAACUGGAUUACGAUGUCGAGCCGGGUGAGGGUCACACUAGAAAUGAUUUCAUUAAAGAACAAGGAGUUAAAACGUUCCUGAUUGUGACAAGAAAAAACGAAGACGGUGAUAAAACAGCUUCAUCCCCAAGCGUGGAAAGCGUGGAUGCCAUGUGGCUGACUGAGCCUUCUUCAAAAGAAAAAAGACGAACGUCGUCGCCGAUAGUGGAGCUUAUUACGGGAGAUAAACAGCGUAUUAUUAACAGAGAAGAUAUGGAGUUUAGAAGAGUUUCUCUUUUUGAUGAGGAAGAGUCGGAAAAGACAGACUCCUCGACUGCAACAUGUGAAAGAAAUUUGAACAAACUGUUGUCUGACGUUCUUGAUGAGAGAGCAGGAGGCGUGAAGGAGAAAAUGAAUCCUUUUACUCUACGAUUUGUGGAAAGUGACUGUGAGUUCCAGUAUGCCCUGGAAAAACAAGAAAUGAGUGGAGGGUCGCUGUUUUGCCUCUGCGUUAUCAUCGUCUUCUGUUUCUUUGUUGAACUUGCAAUUUUACCAAGAUCUUUACGAAACUAUUUGACGUUUUCCUUGGGAUUCCUGUUCCUGGCAAUUCCCACGGUCCUAACAGCUGCUGUCAGUUUUCCAAAGCGUUUCCCCAAGUUCUUGGUGGAUAUUUCAAACGUCCUCGAUAGCAGUAAACCAGCUCGGACGCUUCUCGCGGCUUUAAGCGUAUCAUUAUUGGCUGGAACAGAAUUGAUUGACAUGCUUGGUUGUACAGCAACGAAACUGGACAAAACAGAUGUGGCGCUUAGAUAUAACAGAUCAGAGUAUCUUGAUCCUUUAAGUCCGUCCUGUGAAUACCCUCAGUAUUUCUCCUACAAUGGUAUCCUGAUCCUAGUGGGAAUCUCGGUGCUAGUCCAACUCAGUCAUUCACUAAAGGUUUUAUUAACACUGGGUGUGUUACUCACUUAUUGCACCAUCAACAUAUUUGUUCAACAAGACAUUUACGACAACUACGACGCUUAUGUGCACUAUAGCCAUGAACACACAUCGUUUGUUCCAAAGAAGUAUUUUUCGUCUGUCAUCAUGGGGCUCUGUUUUUGCAUCCUUGUCCUUCAUGGCCGACAAGCUGAACGAACUGCACGUCUGUUGUUCUUGUGGAAAAUGGAGGCUUUUGAAAAGAAAACAGAAUUAGAAAAAAUCAGGGAAAGAAAUCAAAAGUUAGUGAAUAACAUCUUACCUGAACACGUGGCGGAUUAUUUUCUUCAACAUCAGAAUAAAGACGAAACGGACCUGUACAGCCAGUCAUACAAGUACGUGACGGUCAUGUUUGCUUCGAUUCCAAACUUUGACGAGUUUUACUCUGAAGAUCAAAUCAACGAUGGCGGAAAGGAAUGCAUUAGGUUCUUGAACGAGAUCAUAAACGAUUUUGACGAGGUUCUGGCAGAGGCUAGAUUUCGAAGUAUUGAGAAAAUUAAAACGAUCAAGAGCACUUAUAUGGCGGCUGCAGGACUCAAACCAGAAUGUGAGUCUCAACACAGUGAGAACUGGGAACAAGUUGUGACGGUUGUGGACUUUGCACUUGCCUUAAGGGACAAACUGGAUUCUAUCAAUGCAGAAUGCUUCAAUCAAUUUGUCCUAAGAGUGGGAAUCUGUCAAGGUCCUGUUGUAGCCGGAGUAAUUGGCGCCAAAAAGCCGCACUACGACAUUUGGGGCAACACGGUAAAUGUUGCAAGCAGGAUGGAAAGUACUGGAAAAGCUGGCUAUAUGCAGGUUACAGAGCAGACGUACGAGAUUCUGAAAGACAGGGGCUUUAAGUUCAUCUACCGUGGACCUGUAAAAGUCAAAGGAAAAGGACAGUUGGUUACGUAUUAUCUCACUGGAAGAGAAGCUAAGAAAAAAACAGUGCACCUCAACUUGCCUAAUAUGGUGGCAAUUUAAUGUGCCUAUUGAGGUCACGUGCUAAGUGUCGCGUCAUAUACGCCUGAAAAGGACUGUGAAUAGUCCUGGGAAAUUUUGGCGCCAAGUUAAACCCAUUGGGUUGUGACAUUCGAUCGCUAGGCUGUAGUUUGGAUAUAUUUGCCAAAAGAGAUCUCUGGAGAGGGUAAAACAACUCUGAGUGCUGGGCAUGGGGAGGGCUGACACCUUAUCCCUCUGUAGAGAGUAUCUUUUACUCUCCCCAGACUUCUCGCGCCAAACAUUCGAAGCUGAUGCCUAAAUGGUCGACAGUGAAAAUGAAUGCUUUUGAUUAAAAAACUGACUGUUGUUAAUUCAUACUUUGCACACUCUAGAAAUACUGUAAAGAGUUGAUUCGAAGCUCACAGAGUCAGACAUAGCCGACGGAUUUAUUGGCGAAUACUAUUUUGAAAAAAGAAGGGUUUUUAUAUCCUAUCAAUAACGAAUUUAGAUUUGUAUCAUACGUAUGUAAAAAACUAAUAUUUGCCGUGACAUGAAAUGUACAAAUAGCCGCUGACUGGAAUCAGCGGGCACUACUUUGUGAAAGUUUUAAAAACUUUUCGGAUUUAAGAUUUCUAAUCUUCCCUAUCCGUCAGAGAGCAGAAAAUAGCGAAGCCAUACUCGUGAUUCACACCGUAAGCUCUGAUGUCUGUUCAUUUUUAAGAGAAUAAGUAUCAUUCCAGAUACAUUUUAGGAACGAAAUCUGAAAUGUAAAUUUUAGAGAUAUAACGAGUGUAAAUAGAGUAGGUGGAGUGAAAA